AUGAAGACUUGCGACGGCCUAGAUGGCGUCGCCGGCGCACCAAAGAUGACGGAGUCACUUAUUUUCCAGCAGUGCCGGAGACACCAGGGCUACUCGACACCUGAGCUCAACGAAAAGCUCUACUUGCACCACCUCGGCUUCACCCAGCUCGACAGCCUCGCAGCCUUCACCGGCUGCGUCGUGCUCUACCUCGAUCACAACGCCCUAAGCGACCUUGCCGGACUCGCCGCGCUUACCCGCCUCGACUCUCUGUACCUUUCCUGCAACGCGCUCUCCCACCUCGACUCGAUGCCUCGCUUGCCGGCCUUGCGCACCUUGGAUGUCACCCAGAACCAGAUUGUGACACUCAACGGGCUCGACGAGGCGGCGCCGCAGCUACAGACGCUGCUGGCAGGACACAACAGACUGCAGCGCCUCGACGGUGUGCAGGGGCUUUCCGGUCUGCUGUCGCUCGAUGUGUCGAGCAACUGCAUCAAAGACGAGGAGAGGACGAGUGCCUGCCUGUGCGGCAGCCGCGCCACGCUGCGCACCCUGCUGCUUCAUGGGAACGAGCUGUGCCGUCACACAGCGCACUACCGCAAGCGCUGGAUUGCAGCGUUUCCAGCGCUGCGGUUUCUCGACGAGUACCCCGUCUUCGACGAUGAGCGCGCGCGUGCUGAGGCCUUUGCUGGCGGGGGCACGGCAGCCGAGGCGGAAAUCCGCAGCGCGCAGCGCGCUCGUGCACUUGCCGAGGCGCGAGAGCAGUUCGCGUACUAUGGCGAUAUCCGCGAGGCGCAACGCGCUGCCCGGCGCCGCAACGGUGCGGAAACGCGAGCAACCCCAUACUUCCUCGCUCACACACCCACCAUCGACAGGACGGUUGCGCAGGACGCCGAAGACGAACCCAUCUACAUCCCAGCAACACGCGGCGCUGCCCUUCACCAGGACCCGCUGCGUGGCUAA